AACCCGUCUUCUUCAUCUCUCUUUUUGCCCUCUGGCCAUUAUGUGCUAGCCUCGCCGUAAAUCAUAACUUCAGCAGCUAAGAUUGACAAGGCAACUGCCUCUAGCAGAUACCCGCCGCGCAGAAGCCGUUCUUUCAUGCGAUGGUGUCCGGGGCCACAGCACCGCCGUACCUGAAUGGUGCGAGUCCAGCCUCCAUCGAGGAGCGGCGCUGGACCGACUUCUACGCGAAGCUUUUUGAGCUUCGAGAUGAAGUGUUUGCUGGCAAACACCCGCGGAUCAAACUCCCUGACUCCGUGCUUGAACAGGUCGCACCACGUCCGCCUCAAAACAACUCCCACUACUCGCACUCAUCGAGACCAACCACUAACGGCACUCCCAAUGGGGCCUACGCGGCCCUCAAUAUCCCUCCACGUUACCCGGACAAUUCGUCGCUGCAGUAUCAACCUGGCCCCUAUCAACCCCAAGCUCCUAACGGCCAGCGAUCCUUCAAUGCAAAGUCUGCCUCAAGCAUUGAUCCUGUUCUGCUCACAAAGUCUGAUGACUUGGUCAGGGCAGAGUUGCAGCUGAAGCGUCAGCGGGUAGAACGAGUGCUGAAGGACCAAGUCGACAAGAAGGCCCAUCUCAAAGACCUCGACGCUGAGUCUCGGCUUGACGUAGACGGCCUUCUUGCGGAGGCCUUGCAGCUUGUGAAACCAGUAUCGGGCUUGCCGUCUGCCACUAAUCGCAACAGCGAGGGAAAUGGGAGUGAUUCGUUCGACGAGAACUCAUACUACUCCAGUCAAGUAAAUACCAGUUGGUCUUCGGACGACGUUGAGGCACCCCAGAAUUUCAACAACGGUGCUGACGCUGGCGCUACCAAUUUGCAGGGCAUAGCUCCACUCUCUAAACCAGCUGCCGCUACCUCCAACGUCGCCGCUACCUCAUUACCUACACCACAGGACGAUGAGCCGUACGAACCCGCCGACGAUCUCGAGCUUUACGAGCCCCCGGCCGCUACCGUCCACGAAGACGAAGAUGAAGAGUCGGAUUACUCUCCACCACCUGCCG